AUGGCUUUGUUUUCUUCUCCUCUUCCGACAACUACGAGGGAUCAGCUUGAAAAUAUGUAUUCUUCGUGCGGUGUCGAUCGCGCCGUCGUUCUUGACCUCACUUCCGAUUUUAAGGUCCCCGAGAAUGCUCGAGAAGGAUAUUACGGCGCCUACCAGUCUUUCUUUAAGACCUGUGGUCUCUCUUUCCCGAUCCUCGGGCAAGUUCUCGAGAUGCUCGCUGAACUUGGUCUUUCCUUUUCUCAGAUGUGCCCUAAUUUUCUCAGAAAUCUCCUUGCAAUCCUGGUCAGGGCUAGGGAAAAAAAUCUUUUGUUUGGACUCGACGAGUUACGUCACUUGUUCGUGAUGAAACGAAACAACAAAAGUCUUGGAACCUUUCUUAUGUCUCCACGCCCGGGUCGACAUGUUAUCAGGGAGAUUCCAUAUUAUGACGAGAAGUUGCGAGAGCAGUUCUUUGUCUUCAAGGUCGAUUCGGCAUCCAUGGAAGAUUUUGACUUUUCCAAGCUCCCUAAGCUUUGGGCCGAAGAUAUUGGUGAGUUUUUUUCAUUCGGGAAGCUCCUCAAUGCCGAAUCAACUUUGCGGUUUGCUGAGUGUUUUGAGACGGGGGCAAACCGAUUGGUCAUCGUUCAGCCGGGAACGGAUUCGAGCAGCACUCUUGCUCCUCCUUGGUACGGGAAUGCUCACAUGAUCGCUGAGCCAAUCGAGUUGAUUGAAGACGUUCAUCCUCGGGAAGAGACUACCUCCUCCGGGCUUCUUCUUUCCUUCAAUCGUCUUGAUAUGCGUUUAUCGAGGAAGUCAUCCUUCCGAACCUCUGGGUCUGCUCCAGGGAGAUCAUCUGUGGAUCUCCUCCCGGUUUCGCAGAGGUCGCCAGUUUCUUUGAGUUCUGACUCACAUGAGGAUUCGACCGUCCGUAAACGCAAGCUUCCUCGGUCGUCAAGGGGUGUUUCUUCAUGGAGGAACAUAUUGAAGAAGCAAAAACUUGUGCAAGAAAGUGACAGCCUGGUCUGUACGGCCAAGACCAAUCUCGUCGGUUUUUCUGGUAGCUCCGGACCACCAGACACGAGUUCCUCAUUCCUUACUUCUCCGGAAGAGAGGGCAGCCUACGCCAAGGUCGCCGCAGCGAACACUGUCCUUUUUAGGUUAUGA